AUGGGUGCUAUCGAUGUGAUCGUGGUGGAACAGCCAGAUGGCGAGUACAAAUCCACCCCAUUUCACUACGUCGAUAUUCAAAUCAAUGGCGAAGAAAUCGAUUUGAAAAUGAAGUUGGGUGAAAGCGGUGUUGCGUUUUUUGUGGAGGAAGCGGAUCCUAAUCAGACACCGUCGUACCUGCUCACAUCUCCUCUACCUGAACCAGGAAAUCCGUCAGCGCAAUCCACUGAUCAAGUCCUAACGGAAAGUGCAAAAAUCCUGGGUGAAACGAAAGCUGGUACAGAAAAUGAUCGAAAAUUGGCUGCAAUUGGGGACGCAAGCCCCGAGCCAGUAAGCAAAAAGGAUGUGCAAGAGCCCAAGCAAGAACAGUCCUUAUUGGAAGUUCAACAGAGGAAAAGGAAUUUGCCAUUCAAUUCGUCAGUAUUCAGCAUUAGAAGAAAUCGGUCCCUUCCUGAUUUGCACUCCAUAGCUGACCAGAAAAAUGGCUAUCAUUCGGAUAUUGAGGGAAAACCUAGGAAAACUCCUCCAAGGAAACUGUCUACGCGCCCUCUGCGGCAUUCGAAAUCGCAAGCAUUUGACAAGUCGUUGAAGCGUGAAAGGUCGGUGGAGAAUGUUGUUGUGCCUGCGAAAGCUCCAACUCAACGACGGAAGAAAAGUCGUGUUGCCUUCCAACCUAUCAGCAUCAAAAUAGAAAAUGAAUCUUCUGAUUCGGAAUGUUCAUCAGUUUCAUCGAGCCCAGCACGUUCGCUUCUUGAUUCACGGGAUGUUGACCGGAUAGCUGAUGGUGCCUUGUCCGAUUCAGAAGUGGAUCGACAUCGAAAUACUCCCGAGCCUCAUGCAAGCGAAGUGACAGACUGGAAAUGGGGUCAGCUUCCAGAAACGAGGGAGAACAAACUUAAGCAGGAGCAGAGCAAGGCUGAAGAUACGUUGAAGCCAAAGGGUGAGUCGUCGGGCUGGACGUGGUUCCCAUGGGGACACCGUUCGUCUCCUGCUCCAGCACCACCAGCAGAGGAAGGCAUUUCAUUAGACGAAUUGUUCAGCCCGGAUGCUGCAUCAGAUCCUUCAAAAAUAGCUAAAUAUCUGGGGAAGGCUGGUAGCACAGCGGUUAGCAUUGACAGUGGUCAUGCCUCUCGUGGAACCUCACAACCAUCCAGCCCAACUGCUCAGUCAGAUGAUUGCAAUUUCGCAGACAAGACUCCCACACAGGAAGUCGCUCCAAGUGUAGAACAUCCAGACAACCUUCGAACUCGUAAUGCCAGCGAUCAGCGAAGUGCUGUUAGUAGCGACGAUAUUUUUCCUUUGAGCGAGGACGAGUUAGAUGAACCUCGACCGUCAUCACGCCCUUCGUACAUGUUAUCACUCCGACUCUCGUCUGAAAAACUGAGAAGCCUUGGCUUGGUUUAUGGAGCGAAUGAAUGUCGAUUUAGUAUCACAACUAAAUUCCAGGGUACGUCGUGGUGUAGCUGUAACAUAUACCUUUACAAAUGGUAUGAACGCAUUGUGAUAUCCGAUAUCGAUGGAACAAUCACAAAAAGCGACGUCCUUGGACAUGUCAUCCCGGCCAUUGGUGGAACAUGGGCUCAUGCAGGAGUUGCGGAAUUGUACACUCGAAUCAAGAAUAAUGGUUACAAGAUGGUGUACUUGUCAUCUCGAGCCAUUGGGCAAAGCCACACCACGAAACAAUAUCUGAAGAGUAUUGCUCAGGACAGCAAACAGCUGCCUGAUGGUCCGGUGCUGCUGUCACCGACAAGUGUGCUCAUUGCUUUCAGAAGAGAGGUGAUCGAACGUCGUCCUGAGGAAUUCAAAAUAGCAGCGUUGACCGAUUUGAAAAAGCUCUUCCCUGUAAAACAACCGUUCUUUGCUGGAUUUGGGAAUCGCGAAACGGAUGUUACGUCGUAUCGAGCAGUUGACGUCAUGCCAGCGCGAAUUCUCAUUAUCGACCCUUCUGGUCGUGUACGUCGAUCGGAUUCUGUAGGAUAUGUGAGCAGUUAUUUAUCAAUGGCCACCGAAACAGUCGACUACUUAUUUCCACCGCUUGUGCGGAAUUUUCUUCUAUGCUUCGAACGGUCGCACAGUGCUCAACAGUUAGGCAAUCUCAUCUUUGAGGACAAUUUCAUUUACCUAUGUAUAUUCAGCGCUAAAGGUGAAAACGGUGCGAGAAUGGAACUACAGCCGACGUGGACGAACCCGCUUGAGUGCAGCUCGUUUACGCAUUGGAAACCGGAGAAGGAUGAAUCACUCAGUGACACCGAUCUAGCUGCUUACGAAGCAAGUCGUAAAAAAUCUUCAGAGGACAAAGCUAAGAGGAAAUGA